AUGUCGGCAACCAUGACCAUGUCGUUUCCGCCCAUCGUAUCCGCACCGAUAUCCACGAUGGCGACGAGCACGACGAGCCUGACGACGACGCCCUGCUGCCCGAACUGCGGACACUACCUCCCGUCGCCGACCGAAGCGCAGACCGCCCUGCUCGACGCGCAGAAGCAGAUCGAGGACCUGCAGGCCCAGGUGCGCCUGCUCAGCCAGAAGGCCACCGCCGCCGUCGACCGCUGGGCCGACUACGAGGACGAGCUGAUGCGCCUGCGCGCGGCGUCGACCACGGCCGCCGCCGCCGCCGCCACCGCCGCCACCAGCCAGCGCUCGUCCUUCCUGCCGGCCGGCGCGGCCUCGCGCAUCAGCCAGCUGCUGACGCCGCGGAAGUCGGUGCCGAACCUGGCGGGGAACCGGGGGUCAGGGUCGGGGGCGGGGUCGCCGCCGCCGCCGCUGCCCAGCCAGCGGCCGAGCACGGCGAACCCGGGCGCGGGGCCGAGCGCGGAGGAGCUGCAGCAGGCGCUGACGCGGGAGAAGGAGCUGCGGGCGCGGGCGGAGGGCCGGCUGCAGGACACGAGCAAGGAGGUGGAGGAGCUGAGCGCGACGCUGUUCGAGCAGGCGAACGAGAUGGUGGCGACGGAGCGCCGCGCGCGCGCCGCCCUCGAGGAGCGCGUCUCCGUGCUCGAGCGCCGCGACGCCGAGAAGCGCGGCCGCCUCGAGCGCCUCGAGGGCGCCAUGGAGCGCAUCGAGCGCGUCCGCGCCCUGCUCGAGGACGGCGCCGCGGGCCGCAGCGCCGCGUAG